UUUAGCACACAUGGCCUUCAUAGGGUUUAUUCAACCAUUUGAUCCUGCAGCUGAGUCAUGGACCUCCUGGGUGGAGAGGCUGGAACAGUAUAUGGAAGCGAAUAAUGUGACUGUUGAAAAGAGAAGUGCAGUUUUUCUCACUGCAUUGGGUCAAGCUGCAUAUGGAACCCUCAGAGACCUUGUUUCUCCAGACAAGCCAGCCUCUAAGUCCCUGCCUGAGUUAAUUCAGACGCUACAUACACACUACAACCCGAAGCCGUUGGAAAUCGCUGAGCGGUUUAAAUUCUACGGUAGAAGGCAGCAGGCCGGGGAGGAUGUAAAGACAUAUAUCAUUGCUUUACGUAAACUGGCUGCCACUUGUCAGUUUGGAGACUACCUACAGACGGCUCUCUGUGACAUGUUCGUCAUGGGACUCUGCGACCCAGCCAUACAGAAACGUUUACUCACAGAACCCGACUUGACUCUGACGAAAGCCACUGACCUUGCUACGGUCAUGGAGUUGGCAACACGGGACGCCACCCUACUGAAGGCACCACCUACAACUCCUGCAAGCCAGGGUGAGGAAAUAUUCCACACUGCUAUCACUCAACGCUCGAGACGCCCGUGUCUACACCGUGUCUACACCGUGUAGGUGUUGGUGACUGCUCCUGCGG